CUUACGCACGUUGGACGACGAUUAUAAGCGAGAUCCCACCAGUGAAGAUUCGUCGGGAAAUGAGAAAGACAACCUGGAGCAGCGGUUUUUGCGAGCCAAAUUUGAACAGGAACAGGGAAUCAAGCGAGGCAAGCGCAUGAUCCAGGCGACCAUUCGGCAACAGCAGGAAAAUAAUGGUGGUUCUCGCCGUCGACAGCGUCAGGUGGACGAGGACUUUUUAUUGUCGCACCAGAGAACAACUACCACUGUGUUCGCCGCCGCGUUCUACCGAGACGACCGAUCAGGCAUUCGUGCGGUUUUGCUGCGAGCCUUGUUCCAGGUCGUAAAAGAGAUACGCACCGGGAUCACAGAUAACAUUGAGUGGGUCGGUAUCCACUGCAAAUCUGUCUGGGUCUGGAAGAUGGGCGGGAAAGUUGUUUGUCAUGCAAAUUGUCCAUGUUGGCCCGCGAUGCCUGUGAGACGACCUGCUCCAGCUUCACAGCUUUCGCGAAGGCUUGCCCAUGGUCAUGCCUAUCCUGCACGAGAAAAAUAAAAUGCCAUCUCCGAGGGGCAAAAAUCUGAGUGCUUUUGUUGCUCAUGUUGCAGAAGUACAGGUUUUUUUAUGAUCGACAGUUGGAGGAAUCACAAAUCCCAUAAUUCUACUUUCCCGACCCAGACGUAUGAGAAAAAGCAGCACUUGUAUGCACAUCCGAGAAAAGAUUUCGAGACACAGAAGCGAAUCGAAACAACAAGGAUAGCAUGCGUGAAUGAAUGAAUGAAUGACCCAGACGUAUUUGCAAUGCAUAGGCGGCACGGAGCUACAUAACGGAGCAGCACUUCGACGAAAAGUUUUUGCACAGAUUGCCACACUAUCAAAUGUAAAAAUGUCUGGGUCUGGAAGAAUGCGCGAUUUGUCAUGCAGCUUUUCCAUGGCCCAUGAGCCCAGGAAUGCGGGACCUAGCAUGACAGAUUCUGUGCAAUCUCUCUCAUGCCUAUCCUGCAUGACAAACUCCCUCCCGACUUGGUCAAAACUGGACGACUUUUGGUAAUCAUGCAACACAGAUUUUUGCAUGCUUCAGAUUUAGCAUGACAAGCUGCAUUCUUCCAGACCCAGACAUUUUUACAUUUGAUACACACGCUCGGACGCCACGACCAGCUUACUUCUACAGAGGGUCCAUCUCAUCACGGAGACUGAGUGGCGUGACGAUGUUGAUAAACUUCCUGGGGAACAAAUCAAUGCUGCGAGAAACGACCAGAGUCCUGUCACUGUUCAUGAAGAUGUUGUACUAGAAGUUGCUCAGGAAACUACAUCAAAUUCCUAUUCCGACGUCGCGCAAAAGUACACGCAGGUCCCCGAUGCGGACCUCUUGUUGAACCUUGAACUAGGCAACCUCCUCUCCGAGACAGCAGGCGGCUCUGCCCUUGGUCUUCCUAUCAACUGUAAAAAUGUCUGCGUCUGGAAACUUGUGAUGCUGGGUGGCGUCUCAUGAUGAGGCCACAAGUGCUGGCUCAGCAUGACAAGUUUCUGAGCUUCUAGGUGUUGCCUAUUCUGCAUGACAAACGGCGUUUCUGCAUCACAGAAAAAUGGAGGUCUUGGGUAGCGUGCAUGACAGAUUGAAGAGUCAUGCCAGACAAGCAUGACAAACAUGAAUUCUUCCAGACCCAGACACUUUUACAUUUGAUACGUCCACCCAGCCAGCUAUUUUCUCGGAGAGAUCAUCUUCUUGCGGCGCGGGACGCCGCAGCACAGUCACUUCUGAGCCGCGCCUUUUUUCUGCCCGAGUUGAUACCUGCGGUCGAGUUUCCCGGGGAUACUCCUCCUGAUCUGGUCCAGCAGCUACUGCCGACAAGCGCCGGCAGGAUCCUUCACUGGUGGGUGCUGGAUGUCUACA